AUGUCUGACGAGCUAGGGAAUUACUUCCCGUUGAUUCAGUCAACUAUGGAACAUUUCGAGAUCCAAGAGGAUAUUGAUACAUGUGACAGAACUGAACAGAUGUUUCAACGGAUACAAGAAAAGAGAAAGAAGAUUACUGAUGAGUCGUAUGACACACUUCGUGCACUAAGUCGAAAACUAGAACUGGCGAAAGCAAAGACAGAUCCAUCUGAAAAGUCUGCAGCUCAUCGCGAAGCUACUCAGCGUUUGGUACAAUUGGACAGAGAAAAGUUUGCACUUGCCAAGUCGUUGAACGAACUAGAACAGUCCAAUACCAGUAGCCAGACUACACUUGAUAUUCUACGACAAGAGCUAGAGGAUUUAAAAGAUGCAGAUAGUAUUGAAGAAACUAGUAGUCAGUACGUCGACAAUGCAGCAGUACUGAAGCUUAAGUUUUAUAGAUCAUUAGGACUCAGGUUUAGUGACGAUGAGGAUGAAACUGGUUUGGGAAGUGGAAAAACGUCUGCAGAUGGACAGUCAGCUAGUACUGGUCUACGAGUAUUUAUCCAGUCGUCGACUGAAAACCGCGUCCAUGUGUUUUCAAUUGAUAAGAAUUACAGUUCACAGUUUGUUGCAAAUUAUAUAUGGGAUCACAUGUGA